AUGCGCUUUUUAUUUCGUUUUCUUAUCAAACAACAACAACAACAACAACGAAUGGCAAGUUCUAAUUUUCGUCGUAUCACUCCAGGUCCUGGUCAAGAAUCUGUAUGGGAUUAUCCUCGACCACCUCGUCUUGAAGAUACAUCAAAACAUAUUGAAGUCAUAUCUAAUGGUGUAAAGAUUGCCGAUACUCGACGUGCUAAACGUGUAUUGGAAACAAGUCAUCCGCCUACUUAUUAUCUACCACCGGAAGAUGUUCGUGUAAAAGAAUUUUUUAAACCAGUUUCAGAUAAAAAAUCAUCUUUUUGUGAAUGGAAAGGUACAGCAAAUUAUUAUACAAUAGAAGUCAACGGUAAAAAGGUAGAAAAUGCAGCUUGGUUCUAUAAAAAACCAACAGAACCUGAUUUUUCUACUAUCAAAGAUCAUAUUGCUAUUUAUCCUGAUAAGAUGGAUGAAUGUCGAGUAGAUGGUGAACGUGUGAUACCACAACCAGGACAAUUCUAUGGUGGAUGGAUUACGAAAGAUAUCGUUGGACCUUUCAAAGGCGAACCUGGUACUAUGGGCUGGUAG